AUGAAUUCUCAGACUAACUCUCUUCCUACUCAGGCCCGUGAGGCUUUCACCAAGGCCACUGUCGCCGAGAUGAUCAAGCGCGCCGGCCCCGGCGAGGCUGCCGUCUGCUACAACAAGGGCUACGACGUCACCAAGCCCAACCAGAUGCGCGAGCUCUCUUCGGUCCGCUUCAAGUCUGGUGUCCUCAACACCGACUACGACUGCUUCCUCAUGUCCGGCCCUGACAACUCCUUCUACAGCCGCGGUGACGGUGGCUACAUCAACGUAAGUGACUGCCAUGGCAUCUUUGCUCACUUAUCAUUAUGCUAA